GAGAAUUUCCAGCAGAGCAGGCAGUGGUUGUUCUAGCUGCUUGUUCCAGAGAUCGAUAACGUCGGAGAAGGCAAUCUUAUUUACCGAUCUAGAAAGCUCUUUCCUUGCCCUCCGUUAGCUAAUUUAAAAACUUAACAGCAACACAAUCAUCACGAGACAUUCUUAUUGUUCUACGGGGCUUUCCCCUCAUUACUAAGUCCGUUGGAGCUGAGUUAUGUCAACAGCUGCCUUAAUUAUGUUGGUUAGAAGUGGUGGUAACCAGGUGAGAAGGAGAGUGCUGCUAAGCUCUCGACUGCUGCAGGACUACUGGCGGGUGAUGCCUAUGUGCCACAGCUCCACCUCAGAGCCCAAGUGUUCUCGAUUUGACCCAGACAGUAGUGGGCGUCCCACCACCUGGGACAAUUUUGGGAUCUGGGAUAACCGCAUUGAUGAGCCAAUUUUGCUGCCACCCAGCAUUAAGUAUGGCAAGCCAAUUCCCAAAGUCAGCUUGCAAAACGUGGGCUGUGCCUCACAGAUUGGCAAACGGAAAGAGAAUGAAGACCGUUUUGACUUCGCUCAGUUAACAGAGGAGGUCCUGUACUUUGCAGUGUACGAUGGGCAUGGUGGACCUGCAGCCGCUGAUUUCUGUCACACCCACAUGGAGAAAUGCAUUAUGGAUUUGCUUCCUAAAGAGAAGAACUUGGAAACUGUGUUGACUAUGGCUUUUCUAGAAAUAGAUAAAGCUUUUUCAAAGCACGCCCACCUGUCUGCUGAUGCAACCCUUUUGACCUCUGGGACUACUGCGACAGUAGCCUUAUUACGAGAUGGUAUUGAACUGGUUGUAGCCAGUGCUGGGGACAGCCGGGCUAUUUUGUGUAGGAAAGGAAAACCCAUGAAGCUGACCAUUGACCAUACUCCAGAAAGGAAAGAUGAAAAAGAAAGGAUCAAGAAAUGUGGUGGCUUUGUAGCCUGGAAUAGUUUGGGACAGCCUCAUGUGAAUGGCAGACUUGCAAUGACAAGGAGUAUUGGAGAUUUGGAUCUUAAAACCAAUGGUGUGAUAGCAGAACCUGAAACAAAGAGGAUUAUGCUUCACCAUGCUGAUGACAGCUUCCUGGUCCUCACUACAGAUGGCAUUAACUUCAUGGUGAAUAGUCAAGAGAUUUGUGACUUUGUCAAUCAGUGCCAUGACCCAAACGAAGCAGCCCAUGCGGUGACCGAACAGGCAAUACAAUAUGGUACAGAAGAUAACAGUACUGCGGUAGUAGUUCCUUUUGGUGCCUGGGGAAAAUACAAGAACUCCGAAAUCAACUUCUCAUUCAGCAGAAGUUUUGCCUCCAGUGGACGAUGGGCCUAAUUGCUUGCUGGGACUGAGAUUUUCUGUGCAGUAGUUUGUUCACUGAGCAUGUCAGGAAACUGAUAAGAACAAAAAGUCACCUGUACUAGCGUGACCAUAAGACUCGCUUAAUCAGUACACAAGUCAGUGUAAACCUAGUAAUCCUUUACUUAGUAGUGUUUCAUAAAUACCUAUCGUAUAUAUGUUCAGCUUAACAAAAUCAGUGUAAGGAUAUGUGUUAUUAAGCGAUUGUGAGUCUCCAAGGUGAGUGAAUAAUGGAUUUCAUGAGCAAAUGAGAAGUGGUUUUGAUGCAAUUGAUAAGAGUGUGAAAUUUCUAAUUUCUAAGACUCCUAGGCAGCUAUGGGUUUCUUUUGGUCAAUUUUGUUCUUCAUUCACUUGAAAAGGUUCUUAUCUUUUAGUUCUUGAAAAUUAGUCAGUGUUUUGACAGCUAUUCAAUGUGUUACCUACAAGUGCUUA